CUUCAAAUUAUCGGAAUCACUUGAUCUCUUGUUCCUCCAUAUCGGCAGCCUUCAGAACAAACUGAUCAAACAAAAAAAGAAUGGUGGGAACGAUAUACAGCCUCAACUCCGACAACAAGAGCCACUUCAUCUGCCUCAGCAUCUUCACCCUCUCCAACAACAACAUCUACGUGGAGCACCUAGAGAACAACAAGUGGAAGCUCGUCGCCGCCAUCGGCGAAUCCCUAACCUUGAAGGAGCUGGAAGUCAACGGCACCGUCCUCCGCGGCGACGCCCUGGCCCGACUCCUAGCCGACCUGAGGCCCAGGAACGACAAAACCCACUACAACCUCCGCGUCAACUGCGACGGCGCGUGCUACAUCCACAACGGCAAGGCUCAGGACGUCGACGGGACGAAGCUCGGCACCAGCGUCGUCUUCGACUGGUCCAGGUACGGUGUCAGGACCACCGUGCAAGACGAGCUCGAGGACAGACUGCGAAUCAAGGAGGUCGUUAACAGGCAACUUCUGGAUCAGGUGAAAAACCUAGAAGAGGAGUUGGUGAAAUGCAAAACGGUUGUAGAAGAGAAAAAUGUUGACUUGGAGUCGACGAGGCUGCAGUCUGAGCGGGCAAAUGAGGAGAUCGGCUUGAUCUCGGGGGAGUUGGAGAAGAAGAAGAUGGAGGGAGAUCACCAUGAGAAGGUGAUGGAAGCCAUGGACAAGGAGGUGAGAGGGUGGAAAUUACAGGUGAGAGAUAGAGAGGAGGAGCUAGGGUUUUGCUCAAGGCGUUUGGAGAGAGUAGAGAAGGUUGUGGUGGAGAUGGAGGGGAUGUUGGAAGAGAAGGAAAGAGUGAUUAGGAUGGUGAAGUUGGAAGUGAAGGAGCUUAGGGAAGAGCUAGGGUUUUAUAAGAGGGUGCUGGAGAAGAAGUGCAGGGCGAUCGAGGAGCUGGAAGACGAGGUGGAGGUGAAGAGGAAGGAGGCGAGGAGGUUGGAGUCGAGGUUGGGUGAUAAGGAGGAAGAGGUUGGAGCAGUGAAGAGGCUGUUGAAGGAGAAGAAGGAGGUGGAGGAAGGUGAGAAGGGUAAGGAGAUGGAGUGGUGUAGGUUUCAGCUAAGGGUUAAGGAGGAAGAGCUUUGUGUUUGUAAGAAUUUGUUGGAGUGGAAGGAUAAGGUGUUGGAGAUGAAGGAUAGGGUUUUGGAGGAGAUGGAAGUUGGGAGGGAUGUUGUGGAACUCGAAUUGUAAAUCGUUUGUGAAAUUUAUAUCAAAAGGGUAAAAAUAAAUGACUCAAAUCCGUUUCGAUUUGUUGUUAUCCAUUGUGAAAUACAAUUGAGUUUUAUUUAUUAACUUGUGUUAAAUGUAUU